GAGAGAAAGGGAGAGUGGGAGGCAAGCUUUGUGUGGAGGAACAGAAUGAAGAGAUAUUAGAUGCCGUUAUUUUAAGAUACGUUACAUUGUUAGUGUUAUUCUGUCCGUUCGUACGUGAAGCGACCUUUUCCGACUGUGACAAAAAGAAGUCGAGCCCGGCUGUAACAUUUGACCGAUCAUGGAUUAAUGCUCAUGUGGACUACAUAGCAAGGCUCUCAAAGCUGAACAUGUCCACUCCAAGUGACCUCAAGUCCCCCUGUGUGACACGGAACGGCAUGGUCAAGCUCCCUCCCCAGCCCAAUGGCCUCGGCUCGGCCAGCAUCACGAAGGGCACACCAGCGGCCAAGAACCGCCUGUGCCAGUCGUCCUCUGUGCCCACCAUCCUUCCUCCCCCGGGCCUCCCCUACCACCUCAAGCCCCUGCCCACAGCGGCCUCGCUUCUGGGCCCCGACCUGGACACUAGCCCCCUGUCCGGCGUCAAGCCCCCACUCCGGCCGUACCCAAAGCCGGUGCUGCUUGAGAGGCAGCUUGUGCUGGACGAGAAGCUGCUGAACCGCCUGCUCUGGUACUUCACCACGGCAGAGAAGUGCGUGCUGGCGCAGGUGUGCAAGACAUGGCGCAAGGUGCUAUACCAGCCAAAGUUCUGGGAGGGCGUGACGCCCAUCCUGCAUGCCAAGGAGCUCUACAACGCGCUGCCCAGUGGCGAGAAGGAGUUCGUCAGCCUGCAGGCCUUCGCCCUGCGGGGCUUCCAGUCCUUCUGUUUGGUGGGCGUCUCUGACUUGGACAUUUGCGAGUUCAUCGACAACUACCCGCUGUCAAAAAAGGGGGUGAAGUCAGUCAGCCUGAAACGGUCCACCAUUACGGACGCAGGGCUUGAGGUGAUGCUGGAGCAGAUGCAGGGCCUCAUGCACCUGGAGCUGUCUGGCUGCAACGACUUCACGGAGGCAGGCCUGUGGUCAAGUCUGAACGCACGGCUCACCUCACUCAGCGUGAGCGACUGCAUCAACGUGGCAGACGACGCCAUCGCUGCCAUCUCCCAGCUCCUCCCCAACCUGUCCGAGCUGAGCCUGCAGGCGUACCACGUGACCGACACGGCCAUGGCCUACUUCACAGCUAAACAGGGCUACACCACGCACACGCUGCGCCUGCACUCGUGCUGGGAGAUCACCAACCAUGGCGUGGUGAAUAUGGUGCACAGCCUGCCCAACCUCACAGCGCUCAGCCUUUCCGGCUGCUCCAAGAUCACAGACGACGGUGUGGAGCUGGUGGCAGAGAACCUGCGCAAGCUGCGCAGCCUGGACCUGUCUUGGUGCCCACGCAUCACCGAUGUCGCCCUGGAGUACAUCGCCUGCGACCUGCACAAGCUGGAGGAGCUCGUGCUAGACCGGUGUGUGCGGAUCACCGACACAGGCCUUGGCUACCUCUCCACCAUGUCCUCCCUGCGGAGCCUCUACCUACGCUGGUGCUGUCAGGUGCAGGACUUUGGCUUGCAGCACCUGUUCGGUAUGAGGAGUCUGCGUUUGCUCUCACUAGCCGGCUGCCCCCUGCUGACCACCACCGGUCUUUCAGGCCUGAUACAGCUACAGGAGCUGGAGGAGCUGGAGCUCACCAACUGCCCGGGGGCCACGGCUGAGCUCUUCAAGUACUACUCCCAGCACCUGCCACACUGCAUGGUCAUCGAGUAGGGCCUCUGUGGGGGCCGCGGGCCCCGCCCCCUCCUCAUCACCAAAACCUUCUCCUUCAGACGAACGCACCAGACUGUUGAUUAACCCCACCUCAUCUUGAACCCGCAAUGGGGAAUGGACAAAGGGAAAAUGGAGGGAUUGACAGAAAAGAGUGUCGGUGAUGGAGCGAUGCAAGAGGAAACUGACGAAUGGAUGCACGGAGCCGGAGGUGGAGAGUGUGACGGGACCAGACCUCGGCUGUGGCGUAGGGCGGGGGGACGUGGAGAAGUGUGAUGGGGAACAGAGGCAGCAAAGUUUCAUUAGACCACAUGACACAGUCAUCAGGCUUCACCCGUCAAGACCCAUCACCUCCACCCAAAAACUGAGCUGUGAAGCCUCGCUUCCGCGUUUCCUCCUCCUGACGUUUUUAUUUCUUGGAGCAGAAAGGCACAUGGCGCCUCCUUAAGCUAGCCCUCCGAGCUGAAGAGAGAGAGCGAGAGAGAGAGAGAGAGAGAGAGAGAGAGAGAGAGAGGAGAAAGACAGAAAGAUGGAAGACAGCUACUGAUACAGGGUUUCUUUGCUAUUGUACAGCAGCAUCCGAAUCCACACCCCCCCCCCAUCAUUGAAGUCGCCACUCUGAAUCUAUGUCUUACCAAGAAAAAGAAAAAAAAUAAUCAAAUCAAAGAUUUUAGAUGACCAGCCGCGUAGGGUCUUCGCAUCAAAGCUGCACGCUUACUCGCUUAUUGUCAUGCGGUUCUCUCGUUUUCCUUUUUUCAAAAUCUUAUUUUUUUAAGUAUUAUUUUUUGAUGAUGAGGAUUACUGUGAAGCAUUUAUGGAGAAUGACUGAGGUUUUGUGACUAUUUUGUGAAUAAAUUAGGAAACCAGGUACGAUGAAGAAAUGGCACAGAAGGUUAUCACGAAGAAGGACUAUGAACAUUGGUUCAGAAAGUGGAUCUUUUACGGACAUUUGCAGAUGAUUACAGUUCAGGGUUUCUGCAGAUAAAAGAUUGUUUAAGUUGCAUUUUUGAGGUACAAAGGGAUUUGGCUGUAUAUACAGUAGAUAUUCCAUUGAGCUUGGCCUUUUUAUAAAUCUUUUUAAUUUUUCAUUCCAUUUUGGUGUCAACUGAUAUUACUGACUUGUGUGCAGGCUUCGACUUUAGUGCUACAUGAAAUCGUGGAUAGUGCCACUGCUACUCUGGAACCCAGUGAAGGAAACAAACUGUGCAGCGAUGCCCGUUUGCCGUCCGGCCGAAUCCCUCCAAUGGCGGAGUGCAUGGGACAAUGGGUUUCCAUCAGUAGGCACACUGAAUCUUUUAGCCCAGUGCAAGACAUUACAUUUGCAUUCAAAUGUAUCAUUUGAUUAGGGCUCAACCUGAUUGGAGGCAGGUGUAUAAGCCACCCCCCAAACCCCAAACCCCCCCACCUCCCCCAGUCACUACAGAUAAGCAUCCAGGUCUCAGUUCCCUCUCUCUUGGAGAGUGUUUACAGUUUACAGGCACCAUGGAGGAUGCGGAGCACAGAUGCGUUUUAUGCCCUCUGGGGAACUGCAGAAAUAUUCUGCAGCCAGCACAUGGGCCUCCGCUCCCCAACUCCCCCAGCCAGCCGCUCUCUUCCACCCACAAGCCUAGUCCGCCCAAUCCUCUCACGGGGCUCCAAGCAUCUCUAAUUGGACUGUGCCGUUGUUUAUGGUCAUGUACAGUGUUCUAGCACUUACCAGAGGACUUUUAUUCCAGGCAAUGGCAUCUGAGGUUUGACACCAUUUGGACUUCCAGAAAGUGCAAAACAUGUCUUCAUUAAAUCUAGGUACAAGAAAACUAUUGGAAGGUACAAGAAACUAUUUGGGGUGUUUGACGGUUUUUGUUUUUCUUUUUAUUUCUUAGUUUAAAAAAAAAAAAAACUCACAAGACACCUCGUCCUCAUAGGAGGACAUUUUUUUGGACUAGGCUUUGGUUCACAUAAUGUGGCCUUGGGCGUUUGUGUGACUUGGCAGCUGGUGAAGGCUGAUUACCUCUGAGAGUGAUUCCACUGGUGGCACCUGCUAAUGACAUAGAGGGACAACAUGGGGCCUGUAUGGCCACUGCUGACCUCCCCCCCCCACCCCACCCCAGCAAAGUGUUGACAAAGUCAACAACAAACAAAAGUGCUGCAGGCCCCCCCGAUUAUAAACCAGGACACGGUUCACCCUGAACCCUAAGCCUCUAGAGGUCAGAGACUUCAUUAUGUCUUUUCAGACUGAAGCGUGCUCCCUGCAGAAAAGCCUGUUCUUACACCUCAUGUCUAUUGUGGCCCGCAUUAGUGUUGCUUCUUAGUGAAGCCAGAUCACAGGAUGUUCUCGCCUGCUUUACACAUGACGCCAUUUAUCUUGUGAUCCUCAGUGAGGUUUGCGAUUCCUUAUUUAUUUUGCUUUUACUACUUGUGGGUAUUGGGGUUAAUUUAUUGAGUUGAUGCACAUAUUUAUUUAUUUAUUAAAAGCAAGAGGGCUGUCUAUGAGGCCAUGGUUUUGUUUGUGUGGGAUGUUUGAAUAAAAUCAAACAGGAAAGAGCAGGGAACACCAGAUUGCUUCUGAACGGCAGGGUAUGUCUGUCCUUCUGUUUUUGUUUGUUCGUUUGUUUGUUUGUUUGCUGUUGGAUGAAUUGGCCCAGUCUGUUUCCUUUCAGCUGGAGCCACAAGGUUUGCCACAACGGCAGCCCUUGCGGCACCCAUUUUUGGGUGGCACCAGGGUUAUGCACAGCCGGCAGACAGGGGAAAGCGAGGCUUGUCUGACCUCAGCGUGACCCGCCUUGCCCGUCCUGUACCAUUUCUCUGGGCAUGCUUUUACGUCUCUGUGGUGACAGCUAGCCUAGCAGCAAAACACUGAAAGGUGCUCCUGGCGGUGUUCCAGAGCUUGGAUGUCGAACACACUGUGCCAAUUGAAAUGGCUGAGGUUGGUCUGAGCCCUGCUAGACAGAGAUCCUGUCUCAGCUUAGCAGGUGCUUUUUUUUCAACCACAAGGAACUAUGUUGCAGUAUUUAUACACUCACCAGAUCUCUCCAUGGAGGAGAACGGGUUCCCAUCAUUAACUGAAGCCUGAACUAACACAGGCCGUCCUCGUUCCAUUUGCUCAUCCCUCCACUCACAUAAUCACCAAGAACCAAUGAAAAUGAAGAUGGAAAUAAAGAGAGAAUAUACUUAUUAAUAUACUUAUUAAUAAUAUAAUUCUAUAAAACUUUGGAGAUGUUGUAUUACUGUUGUAAAAAAAUCAUUGUCAUUUUCACUGAAAACCAAGCCUUUCCUCUGUGUGAAAUGAGUUUACCAGUGUCGAGCGUCGUGCUAUGUCACUUUUAUCAGAACCCUGAAUAUUGCUUUUUGCAAGUUCUAGACUAACUGACUCUAAUCUGUAUAUAAAGAAUGACAUGAGGUUUAUCAGGAAUCAGAUAUUUGUGUAGACGUGUUUGUGCACUCGUCAAUACCAUCAGAAACAUGCCACAGAGUCGACAAAACGCAGAAUAAAUGUUUGUUUAUCCUGGGGAGUGGUCGUGAUAUGCAAAAUCUUUUGUCUUUUAGCGAUGAAUUACAUCAGCAGUGAAAAAUAGAAUCCAGACUACCAAAAUUAUGCUAGUUGUACUGGAUAUAGUGACCUAGUAUCAAAGACAUGUCAAUGUCGGCUGCAUGGCGGAACAGCAUCACGUGUUUAGUAUGUUUAGAAAAAUAAUGAACCGUGUGUAAAUACCUGCUGCCUAAUUUAUGUGACCAAGUCAAAUUUUAACAGCAAAACAUUGUCUCUGCUGUAUCAGUUCUAUGGACAUGACAGAAAUUCCCAAAUCUGUUCCAUGUACAGGAACUGUGCAUUUGACUUAAACUGUAUGUUUAUGUUUAGGUCCAUUCUGAAGGCCCCUUGAGGUCACCACAUUCCUUAUGGUGGAUCCUGCAGUUUCUGCCCUUCAGACUGCGUGCACAUGAAACUCUAAACAGUGGCCACAUAGUAGAAGAAAUCCAGGACUAGACAGAACCACGACUCUCCCCCAACUCCAGCAUUCACUUUCAAACAGCUGAGGGAUGUCUGCUGUUAAGUGGACCAUUUACAUAUUCAAGCAGUAAUGAGAGAUCUGCUUCUGUCUACUAUGUAUGUAAUUGUACAUGUAUUACUAAAUCACAUUUUGUGAUGGUCUGACGUCCGCACAGGGUCUGUAAUAACACUGCCUUUUUAUCAUGGAUAAAAGGCCUAAGUGAAUGACUGACUUUGGCAGGCUAAUGAAUGAUGAUCAGUCUUUCUGCCUCACAGUCUGUCUCCCAAAUAUUUGUCAUCAAACUCGGUAUCUUUUCUCAGUCGUGACCAUGAAACCUUUUCUUUAGGCUUUGUUGUUUUUCUGUAAAUAAUGCUGUGGUGAUUGAUUUAACAGGAAAGGUAAAAAGGUUUCGGCGACUUCAUCUCACGGCUGCAGUGCCUUGGAAGACAUGCGUUGUUGUUUUGAAAUGGUUCGGUUCCUGUCUGCACCGUUUUAGUAAAAGUUCUACAAAAGGUAAAA